CAAACGAACGCAAAGUACGGGAACUUUGACCUGAAGACGACUUACUCUGGUCUGCCCCUCCCUCACUGCGAAGAUGGCGGUUUCCAGAGUGUGCUGGGCUCGGGUUGCUUUGUGGGGUUCGGCGGGGCCCCCCGGACCUUAUGUCGCCCGGAGGCUGCAGUUUGUUCGCUCUGGCCUGGCCUGGGGGGCCCCUCGGUCUUCAAAGCUUCACCUUUCUCCAAAGGCAGAUGUGAAGAGCUUGAUCUCUUAUGUGGUGACCAAGACAAAAGUGAUUAAUGGGAAAUACCAUCGUUUCUUGGGUCGUCAUUUCCCCGGCUUCUAUGUCCUGUAUACAAUCUUCAUGAAAGGAUUGCAGAUGUUAUGGGCUGAUGCCAAAAAGGCUAGAAGAAUAAAGACAAAUAUGUGGAAGCACAAUAUAAAGUUUCAUCAACUUUCAUACCGGGAGAUGGAGCAUUUGAGACAGUUCCGUCGAGACGUCACCAAGUGUCUUUUCCUAGGUAUUCUUUCCAUUCCACCCUUUGCCAACUACCUGGUCUUCUUGCUAAUGUACCUGUUUCCUAGGCAACUGCUGAUCCAACAUUUCUGGACCCCAAAGCAACAAAUUGAUUUCUUAGAUAUCUAUCAUGCUCUCCGGAAGCAGUCCCACCCAGAAAUUCUUUGUUAUUUAGAAAAGGUUAUCCCUCUCAUUUCUGAUUCAGGACUCCGGUGGCAUAUGACAGAAUUGUGCACCAAGAUGCAACGUGGUACCCACCCAGCAAUACAUGAUAUCCUGGCUCUGAGAGAGUGUUUCUCUAACCAUCCUCUGGGCAUGAACCAGCUCCAUGCUUUGCAGAUGAAAGCCUUGAGUCGAGCAAUGCUUCUCACACCUUAUCUGCCUCCUGUCUUGUUGAGAUACCGUUUAAAGACUCAUACCACUGUGAUUCACCAAUUGGACAAGGCUUUGGCAAAGCUGGGGAUUGGUCAGCUGACUGCCCAGGAGGUGAAGUCGGCUUGUUAUCUUCGUGGCCUGAAUUCCACCCAUAUUGCUGAAGAGAGGUGUCGAACUUGGCUGGGAGAAUGGCUGCAGCUUUCCUGCAGCCUGAAAGAAGCUGAGCUGUCCCUCUUGCUACACAAUGUGGUCCUGCUUUCCAUCAACUACAUUGGGACAAGGCACUGAGCCGACAAGGAGCGGGUGGCAUUGUCCUGCAUGCAGUCACAUAGUCCAGCAGCGUGGGACCAAACAGCACUUGUCAGCAAAGAGUGUGUGCCCUGUUAGGCGUGUGCAAGGCAGAGGAGCAGGUGCCCGUGUGGCAGCUGGAACUGAAAGAAACCCUCCUACCGGGGCGGCCCAUGAGAGGUGUCAUGCCAACUUCCUCAGAAUUCGCUGGAGCUGGCAGCAGCUUUUGUACUGGGCUUUUACUAUGGUGUUUUAAGUUCAGAUCCCAGGAAAUGAGCUUUUGCCCCAGGUGGGAAUCCUCAUUUGGCCUAGGACUUAACCCACUGCCACAUUCGUUACAGCUGUUUUGUUCAAGACAGUUUCUGGCUGAUGAGGGGAACAGCACUACUUAAACUGGAGCCUUUAUAUCCAUGCAUGUACUUUGAUGCCCCCGUCAGCACUUUGAUAUGACCAAAAAUAGGGAUUUUUAUUUUUUGUUCCCCUCACAGGUCUAACCACUUCCCUUUUUUUCAAAUCCUUUGAGCACUUUAAUUUUUUUGUUGUUGUUGUUAAGUAAAUAACUUAUGGGAACAUUCUAAUGGAAAGAUAAAAGGAAAUACAAGCGCUUCUUGACUCAAGUGUUUACAGCCUUCCCCUCCCUCUCUUAAUUUCUGGACUGGGCUACAGCCCCUGUGGAUCUUAAACGCUUUGCUCCUUCCACUGUGUUGCAGCGAUCCAACUGUAGCUGACAGUGGCUGCCUUCUUUGGGCUGUGGAUCAAUCCUGUAAGGUACUAAUUACUGCCCAGCCCCAGAGACCAGGAGAGGUCUACUCUGAGAUAGUAAGUUGGGUUCAGCUUUUGUCUGUGUGUAUCAGUGACCUGUAGUAACUUAUUGUAAAUGCAUGAAGCACUGUUUUUAAGCUCAAAUAAAGACUGCCUGAAACCA